CCGAAAAGACCAGCAACAUGGCCCGCCUAAUGUUAGCCAUUCUCCUCAUCUCUCUAGCUUUGAACCCCUUGUCAUCUGCAACGGCAGUUGCUAGCACCCACACCAACAGAGAAGCUCUGCUCUGCCUCAAGUCCAGCCUCCACACUCCCACCCGAGCUUUUGAUACAUGGAAAAGCACCACCUCACCGGAUUUCUGCACUUGGCACGGCGUCACAUGCACAACAAGGACAGGGCAAGCACCCCUCGUGGUGGCCUUGGAUAUGGAGGCGGAAGGCCUCUCCGGUGAGAUACCAACCUGCAUCUCCAACCUCACUUCUUUGGUAAGAAUCCACUUGCCAAACAACACCCUCUCUGGUCAUAUCCCACCCGAACUUGGCCGUCUGUCCGAACUCCGGUACCUAAACCUCAGUUUUAAUUCGUUGAACGGCACCAUCCCGUCCAGCCUUGGUACCCUUGGGAAACUUUCUGCUCUAGACCUAGGCAGUAACGGAUUUUCUGGUCAGAUUCCGACGCUGUUGGGGAGCUCGCUGGCUCUAGAGUCGGUCAGUCUGCCCAACAAUCUUCUUGAUGGAGAAAUCCCACAUUCACUAGCAAAUAGUUACUCCCUCCGUUACCUUUCCCUAAGAAACAAUAGUAUUGAUGGGGCCAUCCCUCCGUCCCUCUUCAACAACUCAAUCAUUACAGAGAUACACCUUCGAAACAACAAUCUUUCCGGUACAAUUCCACCUUUCAUGAAGUUUCCUUCGAAGCUCACAUACCUAAGUCUUACCGGAAAUAGCCUUACUGGAGUCGUGCCACCAUCCGUGGCAAACCUCUCAUCCCUUACCUCGCUCUUGCUUGCCGAUAACCAGUUGCAAGGAUUCAUUCCAGAUUUGGGUAAACUUUCAAGCCUGAAAAACCUCGAUCUCUCCACCAACAAUCUGUCAGGGACAGUGCCACCCUCAAUUUACAAUUUGUCUUCGCUGAACUUUCUUGGGAUGUUUGGCAAUAAUCUUGGAGGAACAUUGCCCUUUGACAUGGGUAACACACUUGCUAACAUCAAAUCACUGUUUAUGCAAGAUAAUCAUUUUUGGGGAGACAUCCCUGCCUCACUACAAAAUGCCUCCACCAUGACGUAUAUCCAUCUAGGCAACAACUCUCUGACUGGGGUGGUUCCUUCUUUCAGCUCCAUGGAAAAUUUGGAGUUUGUGAUGUUGUACUCAAAUCAUCUCGAGGCUGGAGACUGGACAUUCUUCUCCUCUUUGGCGAAUUGUAGACAUCUUCUAGAAUUUAACGUAGGUGAAAACAACUUGUGUGGGGAUUUACCAGCAAAUUCCAUAGCAAAUCUGCCCAAAAGCUUGACCGCUCUAACUCUUCGGUCAAACAACAUAUCUGGCACCAUCCCCUUGGAGAUUGGAAAUUUGUCUAAUCUUAACAUGUUGUAUCUUGAUAGAAAUCUUUUCAUGGGGUCUAUACCUCCUACCCUUGGUCAGCUACAUAACUUGGUUGUUCUUAGUCUACCACAAAACAACUUUUCUGGGGAAAUACCACCUUCCAUUGGCAGCUUAAAUCAACUGGAAGAACUUUAUUUGCAAGAAAAUGAUUUGAGUGGAAUCAUACCUGAAAGUUUAGGCAGCUGCCAGAAGUUGUUGGCACUAAACCUUUCUUGUAAUACCCUUGGUGGAAGCAUAAAAGGACAUAUGUUGGCUAGGUUGGAACAGUUAAGUUGGUUACUUGAUUUAUCACACAACCAGCUCACAACGUCCAUACCACUAGAGAUGGGUAGCUUGAUAAACCUUGGUUCCUUGAACAUCUCUCACAACAAUCUCACGGGGAGAAUCCCGUCCACCCUUAGCGCAUGUGUUCGGUUGGAAGCACUUCGUGUAGAAGAGAACAUCCUGCAAGGAGACAUUCCACAAUCACUAGCAAACUUGAAAGGCCUCAAAGUGUUGGAUUGCUCCAGUAAUAAUCUAUCUGGCACAAUCCCGGAGUUCCUUGGGACCUUCACCUCUCUGAUGUAUUUGAAUAUGUCCUUCAAUGACUUCCAAGGGCCACUUCCCACUGCUGGAGUGUUUGCUAAUAGAAGUGGUAGUUUUGUCCAAGGAAACCCACACCUGUGUGCAAACAUUGCAGUACAAGAUUUGCCUAGGUGCUUUGCUUCAACAUCCACACAAAAACACAAGUUCGUCAUUCCUAUCCUGAUAGCUCUGUCAACUCUCGUUGCACUUGCUUUGCUCUUGGGGGUGUUCAAUUUUUGGUUGAGAAGGAGAUACAAAUCCAGUGAGAGAAUUGGCCAUUCAUACAUGGAGAUGAAAAGGAUAACAUAUGGUGACAUAAUCAAAGCAACGGAUAGUCUUUCUCUAGCCAACGUAGUUGGCUCCGGGCAAUUUGGGACUGUCUACAAAGGUUGGUUCGACGCGGAAGAUGGUACGGUUGCUGUUAAAGUCUUCAAGCUCAAUCAGCACGGUGCAUUGCAUAGCUUCAUUGCUGAGUGCAAAGCAUUGCAACACAUCCGUCACCGGAAUCUCGUGAAGGUUAUAACUGCAUGCUCAACUUAUGACCCAGUGGGAAAUGAGUUCAGGGCUCUAGUCUUUGAGUAUAUGGCCAGCGGUAGCCUUGAAGACAGACUUCAUAAUCACAAGUGUGGUGAUAUGAGUUUAGGCGCAAUGAUAUGCAUAUCAGUUGACAUUGCUUGUGCUCUUGAAUACCUCCAUAACCAAUGCAUCCCACCAGUUGUUCACUGUGAUAUGAAACCAGGCAACAUACUUUUCAACAACGACGAUACGGCAUGUGUCUGUGACUUUGGUCUAGCAAGGCUAAUUCAUGGAUGUUCAUCUGGAGAGCAGAGCGGCACAACAAGCAUAGUUGGACCAAGGGGAUCUAUUGGGUACAUAGCUCCUGAGUAUGGCAUGGGCAGUGAAAUCUCGACCGAGGGUGAUGUCUACAGCUAUGGCAUUGUUCUUUUGGAAAUGCUAACACAUAAACGACCUACUAAUGAAGAGUUUAGUGAUGGCUUGACGCUCCGCAAGUAUGUAGAUGCAUCGCUGUCACGAACCCAAGACAUUCUUCACCCUAGUCUUAUUUCAGAGAUGGGAGAUCAGUGUGUCGGUCAUAUCCCAAACUUGCAAGAACACAACACAUUUGCAUUGAAGGAUAUAUGUGCUCUCCGGCUCCUUAGACUUGGCUUAUUAUGCUCUGCGGAAUCGCCGAAGGAUCGACCAACGAUGCAUGAUGUCUACGGUGAAGUAACUGAAGUAAAAGAGGCAUUUUUCUCUAUGGACAACUGAAGCAAUGACCUUAUACACAUUAUUAAGGCAAAAAAGGCGGUCGAUGAAGUUGAAGCUAGUUGCUUUACGGCAUGGCAAUAUGUUGAUAAUUUGCUAUCUUGCCAUCUUUUUUCCUUUUUAAUAAGUCGAUUUGUUUGGCUCUCUGUAAUAAUUUGGUUUUCUACGCUACAGAUGUCUCGGCAAGAUCUUUUGAGAAUCUUUCCACGUUAAUAGAGCCCUUUGCCUGAUAAUGAUGGGUUUCUACGAC